GUAGGCGAAGACACCAGCAUGGACGGACUAAAUCAGCUUCUCCGUGCAGCUCCAACCCCCAAUACACCUCUGAGUGGAGGACGCUUGCAUAGUAGCACCUCCCCUCAUUUGGCUUUGACUGUUGCUUUGUAUGCACAUCAAAGGCUUAAUCCACGUCUCUCCUACCUUGCUCUGCGAACUCUCACCAGAUUUGCUCAGAAACUCAAUGUGCCAUUAGUUGCCUGUCUGGGUGGAGAAGCUGAAGGAAUUCGAGAUGCUCUUCUGCGCCGGUUAGACUCUGCAACUGAAGACGUGCGUGUGAAAGUUGCUCUCCUGCGUCUCCUAACGGCAUCUACCACACGGCAGCAGGGGCUAACCAAUGCCUUCCUUACACCUCCUGAGAAACUCUUAGAUCCUCUUACGUCACUCUUUAAUCCUUCUACCUCUACAUCAUCGGGAAGAGAGUUGGGCUUAGCAGUUGUGGAACUUGUAGAUGCCCUCUGGAGUGAGAAAUAUACCACUGCGACAACCUACCUGCAAGAUAAAUCAGACUUCUGGCAGGCACUUGUUCUGCCCCUCACAAAAGAAAAGACAAAUGAAGUGAACAAUGCCAUUGUUGGCCACACAUUGCGGGUGCUUGCUCGGCAGGUCUUCUCGUCUGAUGCCAAACCCAGUGCUUGUCUCAAGUCAGCCAUGGAUAAACUCUGUGAUCCAGUCAAGGGAACCAUUUGCCACUGGUCAGAACACAUAGUAAGCAGCCUCGAGGACUCCAGUCAGCUCAGCAACGACGUUACUGAGUUGUUGUUACCUGCUUGGCGAGACCUGGUAGUGGUGAUGGUAGCUAGGGCCAAGACCUGGCUGGCCGACAAGCAGAAAGUAAGCAUAGCAAGUGACAUUCUACACGCCCUCCUGAAUCAGCUGGAGAACGAGUCUAUGGAUGAGAAGCUGGCUCUUCUCCUGGCUGAGUUGUACCUGGCUCUAGUCAAACAUUGUGGGAAAAACCUCAUUGAAAAAGAGGACUGCUUCAAGGGUGUGGGCAAGCUGUUGGUCAAGGUGCAGGAGGCAGUCAUGACGACGCCCACGCACUCCCAGAUGCUCAUCCUCGGUGCAGCCCUCAGGAUGGUCAAGCUCACGGAACCAUCCGCACAGUCCCAAGGCCAAGCGCUUACACUCCUGGGCCCUGUGACGUGGCUAGUGCAGCAGCAUGGGAGGCUGGCAGGCUCCUCUUCCUCCUCCUCGUCUUCCUGCACAACAGCGGCGACUCUGAGCCUGGCUGCAGCGCUCCUCCACCAGUGCCUGCUGCGUUGUGCCCCUGAUGCUGCCCGUCCCUUCCUGGCCCACACACCUGUUGUUCCUGCACUGCUGCAUGCUGUCGAGACCUAUAUGCAGUGUGGUGAAGAAGAAGUAGUAGGGGAGCUGCUCCUGCUGCUGUCCACACUGUCCAGGGUCGCUGAGCUGUCUGAUGACCUCUCCACGCAGACACUUUCAUCCACACUUACUCUCACGAUUCCCCCAUCCAAGACGGGCCUGUUGAGCGAGGUGGUUUGGGGCGUGGUGUGGGGCGUGCGGCGUGAGGGCGUGGGUGGUGUGGAGGGUGGCGUGAAUGUUGCCGCAGUCCACCUGGGGGCUCUGUGUGGGGCCCUUGGUGCACCCCACCGACAGCCUGCCCUCGCCCUCGCUAGUGCAACCCUUGUGUCAUCACUGGCCCCCUAUGCCUCAAUGUGGAUUGUCACCCAUCCAGCCUCCUACUCCCAGCUCACGGCCGCCACUACAAGGUGCAUUCACAUCACAACCCAACUGCUCCACACACCUAGGGUUGUUGAGAUGGAGCUGAGUGGAGAGAGAAGCAGCAGCAGUGGAGGGAGCUCAGAGGCACCUGCCAUUGCACCGCAGAUAACAGCCGCCACCACAGAGGUCCUCAAUCGCAUGCUGCAGGUUGUGUGUGCGUGUUUGAGUGCUCUCAUUGCUCUGGGACCUGACCUGACUGACCUGCUCUGUGGACCUGGCAUUGAUGUAGGUGCAUGGGCGUUAUUCUUCCACCCUUCAUUCCGCCCCGUAUCUGCCCACGACCCGAAUGCACAGCCCAGCUUGGCAUCUCUCACCUCCGUGCUGGAUCUCUAUGACAGCCAUGCGUCAAAGGAGAGUCGAGGGCUGUCGCCAUGCCGUGGGGGAGCACCAGAGGUUGGGCUGUGUGUACAAGUAUUAGCAGUGACUGCGGAAAAGGCACUACUGCUGCUGCUCACCCAGUCCACUCUGGCCCUUAUGCGACCUGAAACACCCCCAAGGGACAGCCUGCGUGUGCGCCAUGGCCUUGCUGAUGAGAUGAAUUCCUUCUUCACCCGAUGGCUAGGGAGGCGUCCAGCAGCAUCACCUCUUCCAAGCAGCAGUUCAACAGCCUCAGGGACCAGCUGCACUGCCCAGGUCGACCUCACGUACCUGCGGCUUGCCCAGCAGCUGGUAGCAAGGCUUGCUUCCAAUAAGUGAUUUGCAAGUGCGCAUUUAUAUGUACAUGAUUCAUGUAUGUUUAGAUGAAAUUUUGACUUCAUGAAUGUUUGUCAGUGCACUGUAACAAGAGAGAGAUUGAAACAAUGAAAUGAGUAAAAUAAUGAAUGAUAUGUUGUGAUGACUCUGGAGUUAAUUGUCUUUUGUACUUGAAUUCUUUAAUACAAUAUUUUUUAUGACAUUUUAUAUCCUUGUUGAAGAUGCAAGAUGGGGAUAAUUUGAAUUUUAGAUAACAAUAAAAAGUGUCUUUGAUUUUGAUAUACUUAUUUUUAUAUACUUAUGAUUAUUAUAAUUAUGAUUAUUGAUAUUAUUAUUAUUAUUGUUAGUGUCAUCAUGAUUUUUGUUAUUGUUGUUCUGUAUAUUUGUACAAGUAUUUUUGAAUAUUAUUUUUCAUUAUUUUUUGGAUAAAAAUUUCCAAGCCGGUUUCACAAGAAGUAAUCCCAGUCUUUCAGCCUGAUAGAUAUUUUCCAAUUUAUUUAUGCUGUUGUGCUUUCUGUCGCCUAGUGUGUUUUUGUACAUUUUAAUGAGAAUAUUGAAUAAAGUUCAAAUGGUU